UGUUAUACUAAUUAUAAAUUAAUAAUACCAUCACCUAUGCGAACCUCACAAAUCUCAAGUUCAUCAAGUUUAUUGAUAAAAAUUGAAAACUCAUYACAUAUUAUGUACUAAUGUACUGUUCUAGUACGAGUAUCUAUUAUAUAAAUCGAAUUAUAUCUAUUUAUUUAUUUUAAUUAUUAUAUCUUCUUAGGCUAGYCGUUCUUCUGGACAAUGUGUUGAAUWUUAUAAUAAUAUUUAAUAAUUCUUACAAAAAUACAAAUGUUAUAUUUGAAUCGAUAAGACUUGGAUUUCAAAUACCAGGUUCAUAAUUAUGUGUGUUAUUUUCAUUAGCAGUAUACAACACAUUGAUGGCGGAUAUCAAUUGAUUAUUGCAUCAAACCGAGAUGAAUAUUAUAAUCGUCAGACAUUGCCAGCAAACUAUUGGUCAGAGAACCCAGACAUCAUUGGAGGACGUGAUUUAAUGUUAUCAAAUGAGGGUGGCACUUGGUUGGCUCUAAACAUCCGUGGUACGUUGGCCGCUCUAUUAAAUGUGUUUGAAUUGGAUAAAGUACCAAAUGCUAAAUCCAGAGGCCAACUGGUUAAAAAUUUUGUGAAAUACAAUUCUUCAGCCCUAGAAUAUUUGCAAGAAUUGCAAGGAUCGCAAGACAUGUAUAAUGGAUUUAAACUGAUUACCAUUACCAUGAGCAAGUCAUCUUUAGAAACAUAUUUCUAUACCAAUUUUGUACAAGAUGGGGGACCACAAAUGAAACGCCURCAAAAUGGUGUACAAGGAUUUGGAAAUGGACCUUUUUUAAAAGUAGAAGCGGGUGAGAAACGUUUUAAAGACAUUGUAAAGAAAUAUGGACAUAGUCUUAAUAAAGAUACAUUAAUCGCUGAACUGCUAGGACUUUUGAAAUGGGAUAAGCUACAUUAUCCUGAUGAAGAGUUGAUCAAACGGACACCAAAAUUYCCUGGAACCGAUGACCAGAAGAAAUUUAGUUCCAUUUUUGUAGAAAUGCCAACUCGUCAAUAYGGUACUAGAACUCACACAAUAAUACUAAUAGACUAUGAUGGAAAAGUAGAAUAUAAUGAAUGGACUAAGUCUGGUUCUAUUUGGAAUUAUCAAUGUUAUAUGACUGAACUAAAAUGUGAAAUAUAAAAUAUGUACUGAAUAUGUAGUAUGUACUAUAUUGUGUUACUUUACAUGUUCUUUAGAAUAAAUAAAAAAUAUAAGUAAUUUUUA